AUGGCGGGCCUGGGGCGGCCGGGCCCGGGGCCGCGGCCCGCGCUGCCCGCCUGGCAGCGGGAGGUGCUGGAGCGGAAGCGGGCCAAGCGGGCGGCCCUGGGCGCGGGCGGCGAGGCGGCGGCGCCGGAGCGGCGGGCGCUGGCGGACAGCCCGGGCCCGCUGCGCGAGAACCCGUUCGUGCGGCUGGAGGCGGCGCGGCGGCGCGGGGCGCGGCGGGGCGCGGGCGCGGGCGCGGGCGCGGCGGGGCCGCCGCCGCCGGAGCUGUUCCGCCGCGUGCCGGGCGUGCGCACCAUCCGCGCCGACAACAUCCUCAUCAUCGAGUCGGCGCCCGGCUUCGCGCCCGGCCCCGGCCCCCGCCCCGGCCCCGGCCCCGGCCCGCCGCCCGCCGCCCGCGUCCGCGCCGCCGAGGUGCUGGUGCUCGAGGCGCCGCCGCCCGGCCGCGUCAGCCGCCUGCUGCAGAAGUUCGACCCGCCGGCCGCGCCGCGCCCCCGCGGGAGCCCGGAGCGCGGCCGCCCCCCGCCGCCCGCCGGCCCCGGCCCCGGCCCCGGCCCCGCCGGCGCGCGCGCGGCCGGCCCCGACCCGGAGCGCCGCGGUGCGGGGCCGGGCGCGCGGCGCGGCGCCUUCCUGCAGAAGACGGGCAGCAACUCCUUCACCGUCCACCCCCGCGGCCUGCCCCGCGACGGGCCCGCCGCCCCGGCCGGCGCUGCCAACGGCCCCGCGGACGCCGCGCCCGGCCCGGCCCAGUGGAAGCCAAAGGUGGAGUCGGGGGCGCCCCCUCUCCGCCCGCCCCCCAGCCCCCGGACCCCCGGUGCCACUCCAGCCGCGCCCGGCCCUGCCAGUGCCACUCCCGGCCAGCGCCGGGGCGUCUCCGCGGCCACCAGCGCCAACGACUCCUUCGAGAUCCGGCCGGCCGCCAAGCCCGACCCGGACGCCAUCCCCGCCGGGGACCUGCAGGCCCGGGCCUUGGCCAGCCUCCGCGCGAACUCCAGAAACUCCUUCUUGUUCGUCCCCAAGAGCAAGACUGCCCCGGCCCCCCCUCCCCAGCGGAGCCCUUCCGAGGGGCCGCCCGAGGAGCAGGCGGGCUGGGCCUCCCGGCACCGGCAGGGAGAAGGCCGGCGGGUGCCUGGAGCGGACGGCUCGCCUGCCCCCCGGAGGAGUGUCUUGGGGGCUGAGGAGGGGGCCGGCCCCAGGCCCGCUGCUGCCCUCCUGGACCAGGCUGUUAGGUGGCCGAGGCCAUCCUCGCCACCCCCAUCCCCCAGGGCUGCUUCUGAAGCAGAAACUGCCCAGGGCUCUGGGGUUCCUGGCUUGACAAAGAAUGGUGGGGAGCCUGGGAGGCCAGGACUGCCCAUCACCUUCAUUGAUGAAGUGGACUCAGAGGAUGAGGCCCCCCAAGAAGCCAAACUGCCCUGUUCGGGGAUCAGUGCCCCUCCCCAGUACCACCCGCACCCCACUGGACCUGGGCACCCGGCGGAGCUCCUGCGCAGAGGCGGCCACACCUUCGUGGUGGUGCCCAAGAGGAAGCCAGGGCCCCUGCAGGCGAAUGGGGAGGCCAGGCCAGAGGGUGCUGAGGCGGAGCAGGCGGGCAGCCUCCCGGAGCCCCCGGCCGCCCCACUGAAGAAGCGCUACCCCGCUGCGCACGAGAUCGAAGUGAUAGGCGGCUACCUCGCCCCGCAGAGGUCCUGCCUCAGCAAAGCUGGCGCCUCGCGGAAGAAGAUGAAGAUCUCUUUCAACGACAAGAGCCUGCAGACCACCUUCGAGUACCCUUCUGAGCGCUCCCUGGUGCAGGAGGAGGGAGCAGGGGAUCUGGAGGAGGAUGAUGAUGGUUCUGGCUCUGAGGGGGCCGCGGAGAAUCCCUUUGAGCUCUUCUUGCCCCGAGCCACAUUCGUGAGCGACAGCCCCCGGCAGCCAGACAGCAGCUCAUGCCUGUCCAGCUACACUCCCAAGCAUGCCGUGGCCUUCAGCCAGUGGCAGGAGCAGACGCGGGCACUGCCACUGAUCGAGGCUGAGCCCCCACCCGCGGAGGUCAUGCUCACCCCGGCUGGCCAGAAUGACCUCUCGGACUUCCGCAGUGAGCCAGCCCUCUACUUCUGACCCCUGACCUGCCCGGAAGGCUGAACUUCCCCCACCUCGCUGCGCCCUCCUGUUUCCCUCCCUGGGCAUUCUGCGCUCCCUCCCAGGGCCUCGCCUAAGACUGCUGCCUAUGGAGCAGGUGGUGUGUGGCCAGUGCUGCUGGGCAUGGGCUGGCCUGGCUUCGUCUUCAGCAGGACCCAGUGCCCCCCACCCCCACACGCCCUGCAAUAAGUGGAGGCCACCCUGUCUCUGACAACUCAAUAAACAGCAUUGGACGAGGCGGUUUCUGCUUCUCAUGACUUGCGCCCGAGAAGCCGUAGGCGUGGGCUCUUCAGGGCUCCCGCGAGGUAUAAGCGGACAGGCAGCCGCGUGGG